GAUUUGGAGUAACAAGUGGAUUUGACGUGCAGAUUUUCUCACCAUCGCGCUUGGAAACACUCUCGAUCACAGUGCUGGAUUAAGACCAUGGACUCAGACACGAGCCGCGUUUCCAGCAGACCCUCAUCCCCUGAGGUGGACGACAUCUUCUUGUCCACCCUGAAAAAGUCGGUGCACGGUUUCUCCGGCGCCGUGUCCUCCACACAGAGCGACUCUCCAUCGGAGCUCCCCGGCCUGCGCGGCCUCUCCAGCGCCGACGAGGACGCGCUCGCGCUCCGGCUCUCCAAAAAAGACCGUAAACUCCUGUCCGAAAAUGAGUUGCAGACCAUCCGUCUCAAGAUAAACAGUCGCGAGAGGAAAAGGAUGCACGACCUUAACGUGGCCAUGGACGGGCUCCGCGAGGUCAUGCCAUACGCGCACGGACCGUCGGUGCGUAAGCUCUCCAAAAUCGCUACCCUGUUGCUGGCGAGAAACUACAUCCUGAUGCUGAGCAACUCUCUGGAGGAGAUGAAGCGGCUGGUGAGCGAGAUCUACGGCAGCAGCGGACACCACGGUGGCUUCCACCCGGCAGCCUGUGGGACUAUGACGCACGCGGGGCCCGUGCCGGGACACCCGGCGGCUUCCCACGCCUCUCACCCGGCCGUGCACCACCCGCUCCUCCCACCAGCCGUCUCCACCGCCUCUCUGUCAGCGCCCGGUAUCUCCGCCGUCACCUCGGUCAGACCCCAUCACGGACUCCUCAAAGCGCCCGCAGCCGGCGCGGGGCCGCUGGGCAGCAGCUUCCAGCACUGGGGCGUCGGCACCGGGAUGCCGUGUCCGUGCAGCAUGUGCCAAGUCCCGCCUCCGCAUGUGAGCAGCAUGAGCGCCGUCACCAUGCCGAGGCUGACCGGCGACUCCAAGUGA